AUGGAUAGCGAUUUGGUAAUGAUCAAAGUUGCUUGUAUUUUGCAGUAUGGAUCUCACUCAAAGAAGCGACCUGAUAACCUUGUUAUCGGAAGAACAUAUGAUCACCAUGUUUAUGAUCUGGUAGAAGUCGGGGUUGAAAAUCUUAGAACCAUGGAGUCAUUUACAUACGAUAAAAAAUUAUCUCCAAAGGAAGGGUCAAAGCCUUUUAUUGCUUUCAUUGGAGAAGGAUUUGAGACUGUGGAAAAGCUAAAACAUUUGAAGGAGGUUUUACUCGAUCUUUUUCGCGGAGAGGUUGUGGAGAAUUUAAAUCUUGCUGGAGUGGACCGUGCAUAUGUAUGUACUGCCCUGUCUGCAACUAAGGUGUUUUUUACGCACUCUGCGUUGCGGUUGAAAAAAUCGGGUACGGUUGUCCCAAGAAUGGAAUUGGUAGAAGUUGGUCCUUCGAUGGAUCUUGUUGUUCGUCGGCAUUGUCUUCCUAAUGAAAGUUUGAGGAAGGAAGCCAUGAGAACUUCAAGGAAUAAGCCAAAGAAAAAGGAGAAGAAUGUUAAAAAGGAUGUCAUAGAAGGAAAGAUUGGAAAUGUUUAUAUUCCAGAUCAGAAGGUACUUCAACAAACUAUAGCCAAUGUUCUUAGUGAUUAUCUUAGGGGAUUGAAUGAAGACUUGAUAAAAGGAAACUUUGAUAUUGUGUAUGAGGUAAUUCACUACAAUGAAAAAACUAAGGAUAGUUAG